AUGGACGACACUGGACGCGACGAAGCGUCGUCUUUGAGCGACCAGGAGCGCGCGACGGACACGCCGCUGCCGCUGCCACGCACACCCAUCGACGCCGGCGCGUCUGGUGCACUGAGCGAACCCUUUCCGACUCGCCACAGCGUCGUCGUUGCGCCAGGAGAGACCUUACUCCUCGACCUAUCAUCGUCGAGCGCCACGGGUCUGUCUGUCGCGGCAGCGCGGCCGCUCGUGCUACAAGGCACGCCGGCGUUAAAGAUGUCGCAGACGUCUCCAGCCCACACUACUGCUCGAAAACGCCGUCAAAGUAGCGGUAAUGGGCCGCCGGAGGUGCGGCAAACGUCGUUAGAGCGACCGCUGCUGUCGAACUCGCAGUGGGAGCGCGAGAUUGCGGGCUUUGGCUCCGUGCUCAACGACGUGCUCCACUGCGUCACGAACCGGGAGCUCGUGGCUAAGACAGCCGAGUACAUGGCGUCGUUCCCGCAGCACGCGCGGCGGUUCCAGAUCAAGAUGAAGCAGCGAGCUCAUGCUGAGAAAGCGCGGGGAUUCCAGGCCAAGUUGAUGCUGUUCUACGUGCUACAUGAGUUUCUCAAGUCAUUUGACGGAGAACGACUGGAGCAGGUGCAGCGUGAGUGGUUCCAGACAGUGGACGAAGUGCUCAAUGCGUGUGCGCGAGAAAUUCGCAGUGGAGACAAGCGGAGUAUGGAAGAAAACCGGAAACGAGUGUUCAAGACACUUGCGCGGUGGGAAGAGCUGGAGCUGUAUCCAAGGAAGAUAAAGGCAUGGAAAAGUGUCGUGAUGGGGGAAUGCAAGCCACGCAGAGCUCCCAUGUCCUUGCCGCGCAGUGAAUCAGAACGACAGGCAGAAGCUCCUGACCAGCUUCAGUCGUUCGAACUGGCGCCUCCAAGCACACCUCAGCUGCAACUAGAUCGGUCGAACUGCCCACUGGUCUUCGAGCGUCACAACUUUGGAAGCAAGCUCGAGGAGAAGCAGCACUGGCGUUACACCGCUAUUGCCUUCAUCGACAUCCUGUCGCGGUGUCUUGGCCUGAGCAGUGACAUCUCGCUUACUGCGUGCACCUUCUUCCACCGCGUGUUCGACCGGGGCAUUUACGCCCGAGAGAGGUACAAAUUUGCAGCAGCCUGUCUGUUUCUAUCAGCCAAGGCAUCGAGCAAGCGCAUGAAGCUGCUGCGCAUGGUACGUGUCAUGUACGACAUUUUGGAGACACCGCUGUUUGCUGGCGACGAGGAGCUGUUGGAGAUCGAGCGUUUGCAGCUGCUGUACUACGAGAUGGAAGUGUUGCAAGGCAUUGACUUCGAGCUGACUAUGGACCUGCCGUUUUACUAUUUGCGCCGCGUGCUGGACAAGAUGCCCGAGAAGUUCCGUCUCCAUGUGAACGACGAUGCGCAAGCAGUUCUAGAAGAAUUGUUUUUCCUACCAGCAUGUGUAGAUAUGUCGCCGCGGCUCAUUGGCGAGAGCGCAGCUUACAUUGCAACCUGGGCAAAGGGCAAAGAUUUUAAGUUUAAAUGGUGCAGCUCGAGUCAAGAAGACCAGCUUUUCAACGAGCGGACAGCGAAGGAUGUGCUUCGGUAUUAUCGAUCACUUCAGAAAUGGAAGGACAUCCAGCAGACCGAAUUUGACGCGCUGGUCAAAUCCUCGGCUUCGUUAGAAGGCGACAAGGCGGUAAAUCUCAAGAAUGCGUUUGAGCAUCAGCUGGGUGGUCUACGGCUGGAUCCUUCUCUUAUUCUGAAUGAGGCGGAGUUUACAAAAAAGACGGAGGAAGACUCAAAAGCAUGGACAAAGAGUGGUAAGAAGAAUGGCAGUAGCGCAUGGUCGAGCAAACAACGCGCAUCUGGACGAUACAAGCGAAGCGAACGCUAUACAAAAAGUUACAAAGACGAUAACGAACCGCGGAUCAAGGAAGAACCUUUGUCACUUGCAAGUGAGCAAGAAGGGAAAGAUCGGCAUGGGCACAGCAACGUUCGCAACUCUAGUCGUUAUCAGCCACCGAGUCGUAGCCGCAGCCAGAGUCGCAGCGGCAGCGGUUCGCGAUAUAGAAGUGGGUACACUGUAAAGCAUGCCCGUGAAAACAGUCGGGCGCAUAGUGGGGAGUAUCGCGAUCGUGACAGGUACGACUACGAUGACUACGACGACUACGACGACCGAGACCGACAUCGUGAACGCAGACGAGGAGAGGACAAGUACGAUUCUCGAGACCGGUCUUUUUGCGUGGACAGAGACAGCCGAGAUCACGAUCGAUACAGCAGCCGAGACCUUGACUACCGUCGUGAUCCGUCUUACUUUGACCGCCGCGAUCGGAAGAAAGAUCGUCGUGGCUAUCACGAGAGCGAUAGCCGCAGCACGAGCCGUAGCAGCAGCCAGUCCCGAAGCCCGCGUGAUUUUUCACGAAGCAGCAGCAAGCGCCAACGAAAGUACACUAGAUGUGGUCACUCGGAAAGUCGAAGUCGCAGUUCGAGCCGAAGCUACAGUCGAGAUCGUAGCGAGUACUAUCGGACUGAAGACACUUUGUCGUCGAUGUCGUUCCGAAGUGGACGAGCGAGCAAAUAUGGUACUGUCCGCUCGAGUCACCGAAAAACGGAACGUCCUCGCAUCAAACAAGAGCGCAGCGUGGUCUAG